CUUCAAAAUCACAUUUUCACAAAAUCACAUUCACAAGAAUCACAAAUUCAACCUCUGAAUAUUUUUGGAAGAAACAAAGUUAACUAGAAAAGGAAAUUUUUUAAUGGAUACGUUGCCGAUAAAGUUACCGGAAUCUGAUACCAAAGGUUUGAUGAAUUUCAAGGAGACGGAAUUAACUUUAGGUUUGCCUGGUGAAUCAAGAACAAGUGACAGGGAAAAUCUCAAUGGAGAAGGAAAAAUGAAUAAUCUGAAACGUGGAUUUUCUGAAACAAUUGAUCUCAAGCUCGGAACUGAUAAAGAUUGUCGUGGCGACGAUGAAAUUCAGUCGGAAAUUCAGAGAUCUGGAAAAGUUCCUGCUCGCAAGGCACAGGUUGUUGGGUGGCCGCCGGUGAGGUCAUUUAGAAAGAAUAUUACCACGAAGAAGACGAGUUGUACGUAUGUUAAAGUAGGAUUAGAUGGAGCACCUUAUUUAAGGAAAGUGGAUCUGGAGAUGUAUGCUUCUUAUCAAGAACUUCUUGAUGCUGUUGAAAAAAUGUUCACCAUUACUCGUAAUCAAAAUAAAUUAAUGGAUCCAGUAAAUGGAACUGAAUAUGUACCAACUUAUGAAGAUAAAGAUGGUGAUUGGAUGUUAGUCGGUGAUGUUCCAUGGAAGAUGUUUGUUGAAUCAUGUAGAAGAAUCCGAUUAAUGAAAAGUUCAGAGGCAGGUUGUUUAGCUCCCAGAACACCUCCUAAAUGCACAUGAAGAAGAGAAGGAGAAACUAAUGAUGUUUGCAAAGGUGCAGAUUUGUACAGAGAUUGGAUCUGCCUUUUGGCCUAGUUUUGAGGAACAAUUAUAUUUUUAUUGUUCCCAAUUCCUUUCUUUUUUGUUUUAGUAUAUCAGAGGGGAGGAGUAGACUAUUAUAGAGAGAGUGAGAACUGAGAAGAAGAAAAUAAAGACUAAUUUAAGAUCUGCCUGUAACGUUUAAUUAAUCUAGGGUUUUAAUUAAUUUUUUGUUAUUGUGGGAGAAUUAUUCAUAUAUAAAUAUAUGUAUGUAGUUAUUAUACUCAGAAAACAUUUUUAAGUUAUUGAAUUCAUGCUUUGGUUAA